UCCCCCGGCUCCCCGCACUCCUCUGCCGGCCUCCUCCUCUUUUAUUCUUUGUCCUUUUGUUCCAUCCCAGCACCCUCCUCUUUUUCUGUGCUGCGACCGUCCCAGCUUUAUUCCGUCUCAAUUAUUUGGCACGAUCGUCUCGACCACCCGCACACUUUUUUUUUUCUAUUUCUAGCCUCGUCUCGUCUUUCUUCUUCUCCUCUCAAUGGAAGGCCCCCUCGAGCAGAUCCCCGACCACCCCAAGAGCCCCGACUUCAUGUACGACUCCCUCAAUAGCCUCGACUACAUCAACUACCCGCUGGCUGCAGAGCCGUACGGUCUUGCUCCCCUCAAUCUCUCGAGUCCGCUCAACGACUACGCCUACAUCGGUGCUUCCUACACCGCCGGCUCUCCCGCUCGCCCCUUCACCCCGACUCACAUCUACCCUCCCGUGCUCUCCAAUCUCAGCGCGGGCGAGAUGUCCUCCGACAGCAUGCAGUCCGGCCGCACCAGUCGCGGCAGCGGUACCCACUCCCCGUCGCUUGCCACCGUGCCCCGCUCGCAUCGCUACAACCCCAUGAGCGUGAUGCCCCCUCGCACUUCCGGCACCCGCGAGCGCAAGCGCCGCGCGAGCAAGCAUGAGGACUUUUCCGAUGACGACGACGAUUUCCAGCCCGUCCAGACCAGCAAUGCUUCGAAUGAAGUUCGCCGGGAGGAAAUUCGUCGUCAGCGCAUCGAGUCGGAGCAGAGGAGGCGCGACGAGCUUCGUGAUGGGUACCGUCGUCUCAAAGACGCCCUUCCGGUUUCUAACCAGAAGUCCAGCAAGGUGUCUUUGUUGGACCGGGCCACCACCCACAUCAAGUACUUGGAGAUGACGCAACAACAGUUGCAGACGAGACUUCAGCAGGCUGAAAGUGAGACCCAGCGACUUCGCCAGGUCAAUGAGGCGUUGAUGCUCGGUACCGCCGAGCAACGCCACGCUGCCGCUGCUGCUGCCGUUGCUGCCGUUCAGCAGCAGGCUCCGGCCGCCUACUAAUUGACCUCUGUCCUGGGAGGCCGAUGCGUAGCUGCGCACUCGCUUCGCGGUCUCUUCACGAAAAAAACGGCUGUUGCUGUUAUGUUAUUGACGAUCGAUGAGACUGGAUCCCUGCCAGGACUGCGGGAUACUACAUUAUUACCAUGGACAUUUUUUUCUCCUUCACGACUCAUUUGCAUAUCCCCUAUUCCCUCGCAUCAUUCUUGUCGCAUUUUAGGUGGUGUUUUCGUCCAUGGGAGGAUUUAGGCUGGAUGCGCAUCUGGCGAUGCGCUCCACGCUCACUCAAUCCUGGGAGUCCUCAUCCCGCG